UAAAAUUUCCGAUUUCGAGGUGGCAAUUGUCCGGGUAGCCUGGAGGGCAUGGAACGCGAGAGAAAGUCGGAGUUGGCAACACGACUGCGGAAAAGAAAAUGGCGGCAAAUUUGGAGGAUUCGGGCGACGGGGCCGAGAUCGACGAGCGAACCGACGACAAGCCCGACAAACUGACGAGAAUUCCUCUGUCCAGAGUCAAGACUCUGAUGAAGUUGGAUCCGGACGUCACCCUUGCCAGUCAAGAAGCCGUUCUGCUGGUGGCCAAGGCCACGGUCGGAACUUUUUGUGCAGUCAUUAGCAAAAGAAGCAUAUACUUUCACUCAGCAAGCAAAGAAAAAAACAUUACAGAAGAAAGACAUAGAAUCUUCAGUUGGUGUAAUUGAUGCAUUUGUGUUUUUAGAAGGUGUUUUGGAUUGAAAUUGCAACUCCAAAGUCAGAAAAUUCAACCUUCGGCCGGAAGAGCAAACUCUUUUGGCAGAUUGGCAUUUUAAAAAGUGCGUACUACGUGUAAAGUUAAUAUUACGUGUUGUGAAGUUAUAAUCGGUCGAUAAUAGUAAAUGUAAUAAAAGAUCAGAGAGAAUUGUUUUAAGUUCAUGUUUGAAAUUUUGUUUAAUAUGCAUUUGUAUAUUUUUACUCUAUUUUUAUAGUUUUCUUUGUAUGUGUAGUUUAGUAAAAUUGUGUACACUUCAUAAAAAACAUGAAUGUGUUAUUUAUUCUAAAAGAUCAUAUCUAUUUUGUAUUACGUAUAAAUAUUUACAUUUGAAUUACAAUGUAUUAAUUUUUGCUGUAUAAUUUUGCAAAGAGUGAUGAAAGUAAAUGCACUAUGCAAUUUUCCUUAUUAAAGUGAACCUAGAAAAAAAUGCACCAUUUAGAAGGAUGGAGAACCUUUGGAUAAAAAUGAAAUUAUCUGUAGUUUAUGGCAAGGAACCUUGCAAAAGUGUAAGAGUUUUUCUUGCAUUAAGUGAAACCAAAUGAAUGUCAAACUGGGAAACUUAUUUGAUUAGUUGCAAAUAUAUUGAAAUUAUUAUAAUACGGAUGACACUAAUAAUUGAGAUUUUAUUUUGAAUCUCCGAAAGUUACACCAAAACAGUUGCAACUUAACGUAAAUUAAGUCAUUGCUAUCCAUGGGCCAGACAAGUAAAUUACCAAAUCAUAUUUUAUGAUGCCGUAAUCAUUAGUUUUCCACGAGUGACAUCUGCACAGUUAGCGAGUCUUAGAAAUUUCAGGAAAAACAAAAAGUUGACCAGAUUUGCUCGGUGAGGAACUCUACAUAAAAAUGUAGUUUUUGUUUUCUUAUUUGGCAUUGUUUGCCGAAUUUCGUUGUAGAAAACUCAUCUUUAUAUAAAUAAGGUUUUCAUUAAUGCACUAGGUAAUUAUUUGAAAUAAUGAGUUUUAGCAUGCUCUUAUUAAACUGUGAUUUAUAUAAAAUCUUUGUUUCACUGCAAUACUAGUACAGAAUAAUUUUGGUUUUAAAAAGACAAAAGUCAGAAAAGAAUGACGACAAUAAUGUAAAUAAUAAAGCUAGAAUUGUGAGCAAGGAGAUUUUAUGCAAAUAACACCAGAAACAAUAAAACAUUUUAUCAUCAUUGGAUAAUAAUGACACCAACUUAAUUAUUUCUGAUUUCAUUCUUAACACAAACAUGAAGUUUUUAAAAUUAGUCAAUUCAACUCAUAAUUCAAAUAUAGGAAAGUAUUUUGAUUUUACUAAAAUAUCAUUUGUACAUAUUAUCAUUAUAAUUUUAUAUAAAUAGAUAAAAUUUAGUUUUUUAGUUAGUAUCUGCAACAGUAUGUAGUUAUAUUUAAUGACAAGCUUGAUUGAAGUUAAGUCAAACUUGAUGUAUAUAUUAGCAAAUUAAAACCAUCUAUUAAAAUAUCUCAUUUCAAAACCAAUCAUUUUGCAUGUUGUUUGUUUUUUUUUUUUGAUGUGCCGCGUCCGUGUAGUAUUGGUCGACAUAAGUAGACCUAGGUGGCGAGACUUUGCCUCUGAUAGCUUUUUUUUUUGUGUGAAUAUGGGAAAAUUUAAGGCAAACAGGAAGGGAGCAAGGUAUCAAUUGUCAGAUAGUAAUAAGUAAGGAAGUGACAAAAAGAGACAAGUAAGUAAUAUGCCAUUCAAGAAAAGAACAUUAGGAGAUUACAGUAUAAUGACAGUGUGCAUCCCCUAUAAAGAUUAUCCAUUAAGAAAUUAAUUUUGGGAAUUUAACAUCAAACUGAAACACAAGAAACAAUGAAUUGUUUUUGUCAAGAAAGGUUUUAGAACAGCUGCUAUUGAAAAUUCUCAUAUGUUAAGUAACAAUUAGUACAACCGAUUAGC